AUGAAUAUGGACCAAAAAACAAAUUGUCCAGUUGACGAAUUCAAUGCUGUCUUCGACGAAUUCACUGAACUGGCUCUGCUUUCUUUUCGCUCCGUGGCACUUUUUUCAAUCCCAAAGAAGCACAUUACAAUGAAUUGGAACAAGCGACUUGAAUAUUUGAACGAAGAAACGGCAAAAUCCAAAAAUGAUGGAAUGAAAGAGAUGGAAUACACACUGGAUACGUUAUUUAAGGGUUACCUCAGUGAUCCGAACAUGCCUUCAGCGAGCAUCUCGGAAUGGCGUGAAAAAGCAGGCCAGAAGUGCAACGCUCAAGCUGAAAAAGAACAUGAACAGUUCUGGGACCGGAAGAUAAAAAAGGAAAAAGAAGCCUGGACUGUUGAAGUCGAGACCUCAAAACUGGAAGACCUCAAAAAUAUGGUGAACAACUCUCCGGAAACACUAGGAAUCUCGCUUGAAGAUCAGAAGAACAUUCAAACAAAAAUUGAAGAGCAAAGUGCGGAACGUCAAAAAGCAGCAAAGACUGAAACCAAACAAGAUGUGGAGAAUCAAUUACAGAUGGCGCGAGACAUUCUUAAACAAACAUCAGAUCUGCUUUCAAUCACAGGCCUCAAAUGUACUGGUCACAGCAAGAAGGACGAUGAGCAGUCGAUUAACACACUAUUAGAAGCAAUGAAUAAUGAUAUGUUCAACGGCACCAACGUUCAUGAAAUCGCUGCCUUACUAUCGUCUUCUGAAGCUACUCAAUUAACCAAAAAUGUUGUCCAACCAGGAAAAAUCAGCAAAAUGAACCAGCAACAAGCAGAAGAAAAACUGAAAAAGCUACACGACGGAAUAAUCGGAGAAGCGUUGUGCGUCUUCAGGUCCACAGUCUUCUUCCAGAGGAUUCAAGAAGCUCCAACACCGAAUGAAGAUGCCAGACACGUGCCGGGAGACUACUUCGAGAGAGUUUUCAAGACAGGGAAAAAAGCAAUGAACGAGUUUAUUGCAAAUAGAUAUACGACAAAAAAUGCAUCACAAGCUGCCCUAUACCAGCAAUACUCAUACGUCGUCAAGAAAUAUUGUGAGAUGAAGUCUGAUGACUACUUUGAAGAAUACUGCCUGCAUGAGGAAGCUCACAUGAAAGAAAUCCUCUACCUGGAGAGGUUGAAUAAGUUGGAUGAAAAGGAGGCGUGUGAGGAGAAUCGAUUGGAGCUCAUCAUGAAGAAAAUGCCGGUUGAAGAAGAGUGCAAAGCUCUGAGAGAGCGACGGCAAUAUUUGGAAACGUUGGCGCAGUUCAGGGAGACAAAGAUUCGGGAAUAUGAGGAGAGCAAGGACCCAACGAAAGCAAGUCCUUCUGUAUCAACACAGCAGAAGUAUUCUCCGGAAUUGGAGGCGAUGAUUCAAAAAAUGAUGGAAGAUAUUACUGCUAACAGCAAAAUCCCAGCCGAUCACGAAGAAGUCUACCCACCAGUGUAUGAUGCGAAGACCCACAUUAUCAUUCCAACUGGCGGAUUGGCAUCCUGUCAGUGUUCUAAAAACUGUGAAGUGAAGUUGAUGGUGCCCGCGUACUAUGCUCUUACGAGACAGGAAACGAUUGAUAGAGGUCUUGUUGAAGAACCGACAACCAAAGCAAAAGGAAAGAGGGAAUCUGCUAUGCCAAAACCAUCAAAAAACCAUCUUUCUGAUGUUCAGUUCUACACUCGAUUCGACGUUCAUGCUUAUGGUCUCAACGUAUUUCGGGCGGAACUAUUUUUCCUCAUUGAUAUAUUAAAAUUCACUUCUCAAACAGUUGAGGAGCACGACUUAAUUUGUGAUAAAGCGUGUGCUAGAGCAAUAAGGAGAAUGGAAUAUGCAAUUGAUUCGGGAUUUGAGGAAGUGGAGGACAAACAUGCUGAUCGUCUGGAUGCGGUGAAACAUUUAGUUUACGUACAGUGUUUCACAGUGGGCCACAAUUUUUACAAACUGCUCGCCAAUCACACUCGUGAAACUCUCGGCGAGGAUAUGAAACCAUAUUUAUUUUGCAAACAAUUUUCGCUACCAUGUGAAGGGAACGAGAAGAUCAAAAAUAGAGAGAACCGACAAGAAGUAUUAUCUGAAGUGUUUCAAACAAGCACACGUGGAAUGAUUGAAAGAUUUGAAAAAAAUCGAAUGUACGAAGACUGUGUUUUGGCUGAUGUUCACGCCAGUGCAAUAGAUGAGUUCCUGGUCAAACUGGAAGACGACAUGGAAGAAGAUAUGGAAAGAGAAAUGAAUUCGGUCCAACUCGAAGCCUACUGCUGUUACAAUUAUCAUGAAGCCUACAAUAGCAUGAUAGAGGAAAUCGAUCGAAUGUUUGCUGAACUCAAAGCCGAUAGUGCUGAAACCCGUCACUGGGUAUUGUCAUCCAAGGAAAUGGUAAUCAAGCGCUGCCGCGUGGAAGCCACGGAAUUUUUCAAUCGAUAUCAUGAUUACUGGAACGAUCUGUUGGCUGCAGAGAAAGAAAAUCGUGAAAUAGAUACUUUCGACAUCGAUCCUCGUCUGAAGAUUAUGCUGCGUGAAAGCAGGAAACGGAUUAACAAAAGUAAAACAGAGCGAGCUGGAUUGGAAUUAGCUGAAAAUUUGAAGAGAAAUUUUAAUUGUGAGAAUCCAAAAGAUUUCUGGAAUACUUCUUCUCAAAAGAAAUUUAACAAUCUUGCCUACCUUCCAGAAGUGGAAGGCACAAUCGCAAAAGAGGUCCAAAACCAAUAUGGAAAACACGUUCAGGAAAAGAUGUAUGCGGUCUCCUCGGAUGUUCAAAAUCUCAAUGUUGAAGCUCCGAAAAAAAAGAAUGAGCAAUCUCGAAAGGAAGUUAAAGCUUCGGUUCAGUCAAGUCUGCAAGGAUCGAGCACUCAAAGCACUUCGGGGCCACAAAGAAUCGCAGAAGAGGUCCAAAUCCAAUAUGAGAAUCAGGUUCAGGGAAAGAUGAAUGCGGUCUCCUCGGAUGUUCAAAAUCUCAAUGUUGAAGCUCCGAAAAAGAAGAAUGAGCAAUCUCGAAAGGAAGUUAAAGCUUCGGUUCAGUCAAGUCUGCAAGGAUCGAGCACUCAAAGCACUUCGGGGCCACAAAGAAUCGCAGAAGAGGUCCAAAAUCAAUAUGAGAAUCAGGUUCAGGGAAAGAUGAAUGCGGUCUCCUCGGAUGUUCAAAAUCUCAAUGUUGAAGCUCCGAAAAAGAAGAAUGAGCAAUCUCGAAAGGAAGUUAAAGCUUCGGUUCAGUCAAGUCUGCAAGGAUCGAGCACUCAAAGCACUUCGGGGCCACAAAGAAUCGCAGAAGAGGUCCAAAAUCAAUAUGAGAAUCAGGUUCAGGGAAAGAUGAAUGCGGUCUCCUCGGAUGUUCAAAAUCUCAAUGUUGAAGCUCCGAAAAAAAAGAAUGAGCAAUCUCGAAAGGAAGUUAAAGCUUCGGUUCAGUCAAGUCUGCAAGGAUCGAGCACUCAAAGCACUUCGGGGCCACAAAGAAUCGCAGAAGAGGUCCAAAUCCAAUAUGAGAAUCAGGUUCAGGGAAAGAUGAAUGCGGUCUCCUCGGAUGUUCAAAAUCUCAAUGUUGAAGCUCCGAAAAAGAAGAAUGAGCAAUCUCGAAAGGAAGUUAAAGCUUCGGUUCAGUCAAGUCUGCAAGGAUCGAGCACUCAAAGCACUUCGGGGCCACAAAGAAUCGCAGAAGAGGUCCAAAAUCAAUAUGAGAAUCAGGUUCAGGGAAAGAUGAAUGCGGUCUCCUCGGAUGUUCAAAAUCUCAAUGUUGAAGCUCCGAAAAAGAAGAAUGAGCAAUUUCGAGAUGAAGUGAAGGCUCCGGUUCAAUCAAGUCAGCAAGGGUCAAGCACUCAAAACACUUCGAGGGCAGAAAGAGCGCAACGAUUAAAAACUUCGCGGUUACAAAGAGCACAACGAUCGAGAAAUUACACAUACCUGCAAAACCUGCAACGCCAAAGGACGGAGGAGAAUGCAGCAGCACAAUCGGCAAGAACGUCAAAUCAGAAUAAGUCUGCUAUGUCAAAGCCACCAAAAAUCGCUUCUUCCGAUUCUACACUUGGUUCGAAUUCUACACUCGAAUUCUACACUCGGUUCGACGUCCAUGCGCAUGGUCUGAACGUGUUUCAGUCUGAAGCAUUUCUCCUCAUUGAUAGAUUAACAUGCAAAGCUCAAACUGUUGAGGAGCACGACUUUGUUCGAAAGCACUUGUUAGAGCAAGACAAAGGAACAAGUACGUUUUUUCCUAUUGUGCUGAAAUUUCAAGAAAACCAAUUUUGUUUGAUGUCUCUAUUUCAGUGUUUCGAAGAGGGUCGCAAAUUCUUCGAUAUGUACGCCGAACACACUCGAGAAGCUCUCGACGAGGAGAUGAAACAUCUUAUCUUCUGCCGUCAACAUUUGAAACCAUAUGAAGAAACGGAGAAGACUAGAAAUCGAUGGAAGCGACAAGACAAAAUAUUUGAAAUACAAGGGAAAAGCGCGAACGGAAUGCUCGAAAGACUUAAAAAAGAUCGAAUGUACGAAGACUGUGUUUUGGCUGAUGUUCACGCCAGUGCCAUAGACGAGUUCCGGGUCAAGCUGGAUGACAACAUGAACGAAGCUAUCAAUAAAUCAGUUGAUUCACGCCAAUUCAUGAAGCUCUGCGAAACUCUUUAUAUAGAAGCGUACGAAUGCAUGAAGAAAGAAAUUGAUUAUAUGUUUGCUGCAAUAACAUUUGAGAAUGCUGAAGCCCGUCACAGGGUCUGGUCAUUCAAGGAUAUGGUCAUCAAGCGCUGCUGCGUGGAAUCUCACGUGUUUUACGACCGAUAUAUUGAUUACUGGGUAGACAUGUGCUGCGCCAAGAAAGAAGGUUGUGAAAUAAAUGAUUUAGACGUAGAUCUACGUUUGAUGACUAUGUUGGGUGAAAGCAAAGAACGAGUUGGCAAAAGGAAUGCAGAACGUCAAGCAAAAUUGGACUUUGCGGAAAAAUUGAAAAGAAAUUUUAACUGCGAGGAUCCAAAAAGUUUCUGGAAGACAUCUGCUCAGAAAGAAUUGGACCAAAAGUCUCCUGCCGCUGUUCCACCAAUUAUGAAAAAACUCAACAAUCUUGCCCACCGUCCGGAAGUGGAAGGCACAAUCGCAGAAGAGGUCCGAAACCAAUAUGAGAAUCACGUUCGGGAAAAAAUGAAUGCGGCCUGCUCUGAUGCUCAAAAUCUCAAUGAUGGAGCUCCGAAAAAGAAAAAUGAACGAACUCGAAAGGAAGAUAAGACCCAGGUUCAAUCAACUCAGCAAGGGUCGAGCACUCAAAGCACUUCGAGAGCAGAAAGAGCGCAACGAUUAAAAACUUUGCGGUUACGAAAAGAAGAAAAAAUCAGAAACUACACGUCCAUGCAAAACCUGCAACGCCAAAGGGCGGAGGAGAAUGCAGCAGCACAAUCGGCAAGAACGUCCAAUCAGAGUGCCCAACCCUCAAUUGAGAACCGGGAAUCAGUCCGUCCACCCAACCUUCGGGGCUGCUCUGAUGUUGAGGAACUCAAUGUUGGAGCUUCGAAAACGAAGAAAGAGGAAUCUCAAAAAGAAGUUGAAGCUCCGGUUCAAUCAAGUCAGCAAGGGUCGGGCAGUCAGGGCUCUUCGAGGGCACAAAGAGCAAGACGACCAAAAAGUUAUUUGUAUUUGCUCGAGCUACGAAGUCGAAGGGCGGAGGCGGAUGACGUGGCACGAUUUGCAUGCGUGUCAAAUCAGAGUGCCCAACCCUCCAUUCAGAACCGGGAAUCAGUCCGUCCACCCAACCUUCGGGGCUGCUCUGAUGUUGAGAAGCUCAAUGUUGGAGCUUCGAAAACGAAGAAAGAGGAAUCUCAAAAAGAAGUUAAAGCUCCGGUUCAAUCAAGUCAGCAAGGGUCGGGCAGUCAGGGCUCUUCGAGGGCACAAAGAGCAAGACGACCAAAAAGUUAUUUGUAUUUGCUCGAGCUACGAAGUCGAAGGGCGGAGGCGGAUGACGUGGCACGAUUUGCAUGCGUGUCAAAUCAGAGUGCCCAACCCUCCAUUCAGAAUCAACAAUCUGUCCGUACAUCCAGCCAUCCGAAAAACGAAACCAAUAUUCUCACCAAAAUGAUGGACAAGUGCUCUGUUUCCAAAUGA